AACUGAAAGAGCAGGCAUCUUUGACUUUGAUUGUGGAUAUAUGACAAAUGUUGAAGAAGAAGUGACCAGCAGGGUUUUUUGCAACUCAAAGGACUAAAAUCUUUUUGACAGGUUACAAACAAGUGAGCCAUGACUUUGCAAAGGUUUUCACUGGUUGCAUUGGUUGUCUAAUAUCUCUCAACAAGUGCAGAUUUUGUCCUGAAUAAUAUACAGCUGUGCCAUCAAAAUGCAGAAGCAAGUGGAGGUCAGGAUGAGCGAGAGCCACAUAGACCCAAUCGUGGAGACUCCGGAGAAUCCAUGUUGCAAUAUCUGUGAAAAGAUAAUGAAGAACAUGGUUCUCACUCUCACAAUCCUCGGUGUGUUUCUUGGUUCCAUUGCUGGCAUGCUUCUACGGCACAUAUCACCCCUCCCUCCUGACGUUAUAUUGAUCAUUGCCUUCCCUGGGGAGAUCUUAAUGAGGAUGCUAAAAAUGCUUAUUUUGCCUCUCGUUGUUUCCAGUUUGGUCACAGGACUCGCUGGUUUGGAUGCCAAAUCCAGUGGUCGCUUAGGCACGAGGGCGAUGGUUUACUACAUGUCAACAACGAUCAUUGCAGCAGUCCUGGGAGUGAUCUUGGUGCUGCUCAUCCAUCCAGGGAAUCCCAAACUGAGAGCUAAUCUCGGACAAGGAAAGAAGAACGAUGAUGUCUCCAGCAUGGAUGCUUUGUUCGAUCUCAUUCGAAAUCUUUUCCCGGAGAAUCUGGUGCAGGCCUGUUUCCAGCAGAUCCAGACAGUAACUACCAAAGUACCCGUGCCAACCAACAGAACGAGAGCACCUCCACAGUUCACAGUUAAAAGGUCACUUCAGUUCAAGAGUGGGAUGAAUGUCCUAGGGCUGAUUGGAUUCUUUGUGGCUUUCGGAGUCAUCAUGGGAAAAAUGGGAGAGAAGGCCAAGCUGAUGUUGGAGUUUUUCAACGUUCUGAAUGAAAUUGUUAUGAAGCUCGUGAGCGCAAUUAUGUGGUAUUCCCCUAUUGGUAUUGCCUGCCUUAUCUGUGGAAAGAUAAUCUCCAUUGCUGACUUGGAGAUGGUUGCAAGGCAGCUUGGAAUGUACAUGGUGACUGUGAUAGUAGGCCUCAUCAUCCAUGGAGGCAUUUUCCUUCCGCUAAUAUAUUUUGUGAUUGUAAAAGAAAAUCCCUUCACCUUCUUUAUGGGAAUAUUUCAAGCCUGGGUCACAGCACUUGGAACAGCAUCCAGUGCCGGUACCUUGCCUGUCACGUUCAGAUGCUUAGAGGAAAACCUAGGCAUCGACAAGAGAGUUACACGCUUUGUCCUCCCCGUGGGGGCCACCAUUAACAUGGACGGUACAGCACUCUACGAGGCAGUGGCUGCCAUCUUCAUCGCUCAAAUGAAUGGGAUUGAGCUGGACUGGGGCCAGAUAGUUACUGUGAGUAUGACAGCCACCUUGGCCAGUGUUGGAGCUGCCAGUAUUCCCAGUGCAGGACUCGUGACCAUGCUUCUAAUUCUCACAGCAGUGGGGCUCCCCACUAAGGACAUAAGCCUCCUGGUCGCUGUUGAUUGGCUGCUCGAUCGUUUCCGUACCUCAGUUAAUGUGGUUGGGGACUCCUAUGGCGCGGGUAUUGUUUACCACCUUUCCAAAGACGAACUUGACAUGUAUGAUGCCCAACAGACUCGUAUGGAUGACUUUGAGAUGGCAAAGACACAGUCUUUCUUUGAAAACAACACCAACCAGAAUGUGUAUACUCACCACAACUCAAUCGUGAUAGACGACUGCAAGGUCAAAAAUGGCAACACUCCGGAGUUCUCUAUUGUUGAGGAGGAUCCGUGGAAUUUCAAGUAAUGCAGAUUCAGCACUCGGGCCUGAGUUUGAUCCGCUUUAACUUUCUGAGGACACAAAUUUAAUAAUGCAAAUAAGACGAAAAAAGAAAAAGACUUAUGUGCAAAGACACAGAAAUAGUAGACGACAAAGAAUGGAAACUCUACUGCAAGAGCAAAUGGAGAGUUCACUUGCUGUCCUGGGUAACCACUGGAGGACGCUGUGCUUUAGCAUCUUAAAUUUGAUCUUGCUUCUGGAAGUUUAUGCGUACAGAUAAACUGGAACAAACUGGAAUGUGCGCAUCAAUCAAUUCUCAAGUCAAAGAGGUGGCUGACGACAAUCAGAACCUUACCCAGGGUUGCUGCAUUCCUUCUUUCCUGUCAAGACUAAACCCUCUUCUUUAUUUUGCAACAAAUGAUUUCUAUAUUGUUGUGUUUAAGAACUUGCUCUAUGACCUAAGGGACAAAAACACAAAAAUAUUGGAAAUAUUGCCUUGGCAGUCAAGAUUGUAACAAUGAAUCAUAAUCAAAUAAGACAAAUGUUGGAGAAAUCCAAGCUUCAGUAUUAAAUGUUUGACAUUCCCAGUGGCGUAAUUUCCAUUGCUGCUUUGUACUAAGCCACUAAAUAGUUUUUCACUUGGUCUGUUAACUUUGAUUUAACCAAAGGUUUAAAAAAUAGAACAUAAACCAAAUGAAACUUGACUUCUGCUGGCAUUAAACUUAAAGUUUAGGACUGUUAAACAUAGCAUUACCUCUGACUGUUUGAUUUAUGGGAUUAUACCCUCAUGCACGUGGUCAAGCCUAAGAAGUGGAGCUUAAGACCUAAGACUGGGAGUGGCUUCUAAAAGUAGGAACAAACAGAACAGAAUGUGUUGCAGAGAGUAAAUCUGUUAAAAUUUGUUGCUGUGUUUAUUUAUUUAUCCAUUUCUACUUUAUGUGUCUGUUUUUAUGUGGGAACCGAUGUGUGUCUGUUUGCCUAUGUCCUGGAAUGAUGUGUGAUCAUUAUUGUGCAUUUUGGGCGGAAAAGAGACAGAUUAAAUGUUAAACAAAGCUAGAGGUUCAACGAGAGAAAACAAAAAGGGGUUUCCUCUGAAAAUCUAUGUAGACUAUAGUGUUGUGUGCUUUAUUAUAAACUGUUUUUUUCUGUGCUAUAUGACAACCUUGCCUUGAAGAUGUCACUUCCAGAGUGUGAUCACUUUGACUAAGAUAUUUCUGGACUAAAGAUACUAAGCUUUUUAGUAGACUUAAGUUCACCCAAUAGGUUUGCAGAGAAAAUAAAGCAUUUGAGGAUGGCUGGGCCUUCUCAUAAGAUUAUAUUAUAUUUUGUACAUUUUUCACAUCAGAUUCGCAUAUAAAUAACAAGCUUGUAAUUGGAUCUAGACUUAAUUAGCUAUGGUCACAUCUGUUUAGCAAGUGCACUCUAAAUUCUGCCUCAAGCAAUUGCAUAAAUCCAACGCUGUAACAACAAGGUCACUGAAUGUUGUUUUCACAUGGUUUUGAGUAUCACAGGGUAGAAAAUAAUUGAUCCGGGCAAACAACUAGAUUAUUUAUUUUUAUUUUAUAUGAGCAGCAGCUUAUAUAUCCAUGUUUAAAGUGCCUGCCUGCACUUUGUGUAUAUAUCCACUUUUAGAGGUAUUUUACAAAUCAAGUUCAUAGACUUGACAUUUUUUGUGUGUUAUUGUGUUUUGCUAUACUAAAUGUUUCUAUAAGGACUAUUCUUAUAAUUAACAGUGUUAAAAAAAUGUUAGGGCAAUGCUAUUUCUGUAUUUAUUUAUUGGCCCAAUAGGCGUUUUAAUGGGCUGUGAGAGAGUAAAAUAAAGCAAUAAUGAAACUAUUUCACAUUUUGUUUGGAAAGAAUUUGAAUACAAAUUUUAUGACUGACCACAUGAAGACUGUAUUUAAAGGUUUAGAUUCUGCUGAGGUGGCUUUUAGUGUGUGGGAAUUUUGAUGUUGGCAGCUACAGUAUGCCUACAUGAAAAAAAUAGUAUGGCUUUGUCCAACUUGUGCAUAUUCUGAUUUAUAUUAAAGUUCUGUUAUCUAUAAGUAAAAUGCAUCAAAUUCCUUUAUUGAUUGUUUUUCUGAUUUGAAAUAUAUUCAUAGUCAAUUGGCCUCAUUUAGUGUUUUUAUUAACAUGUAAAAUUUUAGAUAACAUGUUAAUUGUUUAUAUUUUCCUUUUUAUUCAACGCACAUAUUGAAGAAAGAAUUAAAUUUUUCCCUGCGUUUGACGCUGGCUGACUACAUGCUAACAGAACUGAAUGGGCUUGUACCAAACAAUUGAAAAUGGUGUGAAUAAAUGUUUUAAGAUUUUGUGUAAAUAUGAAAUAAAAACACAAAUAAAUAUUUACUGAUGA